UUUUUUUUUUGCCUGUCAUGAGGCCACAUUCACCAAGACACGGUCGUUCUUAUUCACCGCGUAGUUCAAGGUCUCGCUCACCUUCUUACUCUCGUUCUCGCUCGCCUUCUUAUUCUCGUAGAAGACGUCGAUCUCCUUCUAAUUCGCCUCCUCCUUAUAGAAGUAAUAAUGGAGGAUACCGUCGUCGUUAUUAUUCUCGGUCACCUCCUCCUCUUCCUCGACCUUUACGUCGAUACAGGUCGCGCUCUCCUCCUAUGCGACGUGGAAGACCGAAUAAAGAUUGUCGAGUGUAUGUGAGUAAUUUGUCGUUUGAUGUCACUUGGCCUCAAUUAAAGGAUUUUAUGAGAGAAGCGGGACAAGUGGUUCAUGUAGACGUGUUGAAAAUGGCCAAUGGUCGAUCGAAAGGAUGCGGUGUGGUUGAAUAUCGAUUUCCAGAAGACGCAAGACGCGCUAUUCAUACGAUGAAUAAAACUGAGUUUAUGGGCAGACCUGUAUUUAUCAGAGAGGAUCGCGAGUAUGAACAUUUGAGUCUGCCUAAAGACCCUCGCGAUGCUCCCGAUGAUUGUCGACUUCAUGUUAGCAACUUACCAUUGAAUGCUAGUUGGCAAGACAUGAAGGAUUUGUUUAGAAAGGCAGGACGCGUGUUGCAUACAGAUAUUCAUACGGACGCUGGUUCAAGAAGAUCUAAUGGACAUGGUACAGUCAUUUUCGAUGAUGCUCGGUAUGCUAAAAUAGCCAUUGAAAUGUUCCAUGGUUAUGAGUGGCAAGGACAUCAACUUCAAGUAGAAGAAGGAAGAUAUAUAGAGAAAAGUGCUCCAGCACCCAUGAGCAAUCGACCUCCUCUUCCUUCUCAUGUCCCAAGACAUUCGAUGGAUGCUCCUCGUAUAAACCCUACAACGAGUACUCCUGUUCCUGUUGCCUUGCCUCCAGUACCCACACCAAUAACCCAUAUAGAGCCUAUCCAUGAGAUAACGCCUACUUUAAGUUAUCCUUCUCAUCCCCCACCUCCGCCUCCUUCUUCAUCUUCUUUAGAGUCCAUACCAACCUAUCAACAACAUGUCUAUCGAUAUGGUGAAACACAGGCACCCAUGCAUUUGCCUCCACCUCCUCCUGUCUAUUCUUUUGUGGGUGGACCUGCUGCUAAUUUACCUACGCAUGGACAUAAUCAGAUCUUUGUGAAUAACUUGCCCUUUUCAACUACAUGGCAGGAUUUGAUUGAUUUGUUUAGACAUGUUGGACCUGUGAUUCGAUCCGAAAUACUGACAGUCAAUGGUCAUCCUAAAGGCUCUGGUUUUGUGCGGUUUGAAGACGCAACUACGUGUGAAAAAGCGAUUGAGAAAUUUCAUGGUUAUAUGUAUGGUGGACGUUAUUUGGAUAUUCGACUUGAUAAGUAUUCCACUACGAUUUAGGAAGUGGAAUAGGCGUAUGAAUCUAUCAUGACUAAAUUUAGUCUACAUAAACUCGCUUCUAUUAUACCUUACUGCUUGAGAGAUAGGAAUCCAUUGUUUUAAUGCGUUUAUACGUGGAUCUUGUGUAUCAGGGGCUGUAUCUUUUUUCCAUAAAAUAAAGUCUUGUAUGGUUAUGUUUGAUUUAUGCCAUACUUUAUUUUCUUCUUCAUCUUCUUCUUCAUCUUCUUCUUGUUUAGUCCAUACUUGACCUAUUUCUUUUGAAUAAACACCACUCGAGUUUGUUUUGUUUACCUUGUGUUGGUGUGUUUAAAUACACUUGAUGGCCAAUGAGUCUUCUACCAUGUAUUACUGUCUCAUAAUGAUCUUGUUGUUUCUCAAUAUGAAGAUACGUUUUUGUAUUGAUGGAUCCUUCUUUAUCCACUGAAAAAGGAAGUAAAUGAACUUGACUCUCUGACAUGAUAACGAAAAAAUAAAAAGAC